CACACACACACCCCCCUCCUCCUCCUUCUCUGUUUUGAUUUCUAAGGCAGAGAGAAAGAAACCCAGAAAACACCACGAGAGAGAGAGAGAGAGAAUGUUGGGUUCUUCAGAAAACAGCAGUGGGUGCGAGUCCGGAUGGACUCUGUACUUGGAUCACUCUGUUUCUUCACCAAACCCAUCUCGUUUCAGAGAGAUCACCAAUGGGUUUGGCGAUAAGAGAAGCAAAAGCCGAAAACAUUGGGGAAAAUAUCAUUACACAGAUGAAGACGGCGACGAGGAUGAUUUGUCAAUGGUGUCCGAUGCGUCGUCGGGUCCACGGAACUUGGCCGAGGACGAAGCAUGUGAUUACAGCAACGGGUUCAAGAGAGAGACAGCGAAGAAGAUCAGCGUUCGUCCUCAGAAACAGAGCAAGAGAGAGAAGAAAGGAAGGGAAGAUCCGAAAAUGGCUUCUUUUCUCGACGACACUGCCAGCUCUCCCUUCUUCAACUUCCCCAAUAGCAAUGUCGGCGUUAACCAUAUGGAACAAGGCUCACUGGAAAGUGCCUUGGAUUACUCGCAAGGCUUCUCUGCAACUCACUUUCAGGGAGCACCUGCAUUUCAAGAACAAUAUGGUUUUCUCCAGUCCUCGUUAUCUGGAAACCAGAUUCAAAAUAACCAGUGGUUUUAGCGCGAGGAUGAACCGCAACGGAAGAGUAAUUUCCGGCAACCUUAGUAUCUAUUGUUUCGGAUUUACAAAACUUGGAUCCAAUGAAGAGUCGAAGAGGAGAGGAAAAAAAGGGUCAUAGAGAUUAUACAAAAAAAAUCCAGAAAGGAAAGAAAAAAAAAAAAAAGAGGGUCGCCGGAGAAAGAAGAGAAGGCGGAGAUAUCGGAAAUGACCUUUUUGCCCUUUUGUACUCUCUUCUCUUUUUUUUUUUGCAUUUUUUUUUAUCGUUUCUUGAUUUGUAGUUCAUUUUUUUUUUUUGGUUUUACAUGAGAAACAUUAAAUCGGAAAUCGGUUUUUUCGCCAUAGUUCGUGUAUGGAUAUUAGACAGAAAAUUAUCGUUUAUGGUUAAUAAAUAUGGCACGUUAUUUA